AUGAGAGGAGAGGACGGAUGCUCGGGGAGAGUGGAGGUUUGGUAUCGUGGCUCCUGGGGAACAGUUUGUGAUGACUCCUGGGACAUGGCAGAUGCCAAAGUUGUGUGUAAACAACUGGGCUGUGGAUCUGCUGUACCAGUCCCAGGCGAGGCUGCAUUCGGUGAGGGGACUGGUCCCAUCUGGGUAGAAUCGUUGAAUUGCAGAGGGACAGAGUCAUCUCUCUGGGACUGUCCUGCCAAGCCCUGGGGUGAGAGCAAUUGUGAUCAUAAAGAAGAUGUUGGAGUGAAUUGCUCAGAUUACAUACCACAGUUACUGAGGCUGGUGAAUGGAAGCAGCCCCUGUGCCGGAAGAGUGGAGGUUAAACACCAGGAUCAGUGGGGGACGGUGUGUGGUGAAAAGUGGGACAUGGAAGAUGCUGAGGUGGUUUGUAAGCAGCUGGGAUGUGGAUCUGCUGUCAGUGCCCAUGGCCGGGCUUAUUUUGGAGAAGGAUCUGGACCAACUUGGCUGAUUGUUGAUUGUGAUGGUGACGAGUCAGCUCUCUGGGACUGCAGUCAUAGAGGAUGGG